UGAACCGAACCGACCCGAACCAACGCCAUCCCUCCCGACUCAUUUCCGGUUCUAUCUUGCUUCUGCUGCUGUCAUCGUUCCUUCCCCCGUCCAUGGCGGAAGCAAAAGCUGAGACACCCACCUGGGAGCAAAGAAUGCACACUCUCACCCACAUCUUAACCCACCCCACCACUGCGCCCUCCCUCCAUUCCCAGCUCUUCGUCGCCUCCCACGUCCCCUGCUUCCUCUCCUGGGAUUACCCCCCUUUCCUAUGCCGCGCGGCCCCUUUAGCCGACGGAUUCCCCCCGCCGCUUCUCUGCUGGUCCCUCGCCAUCUUCCUCCGCCGAUCCUCGCGCCUGGGCCUACCCGCCUCUUCCUGGCGCGCCAAGUGCCCCUUCCAGCAGCCGCCGCCCCUCGUACUCUCCUCCGCCGUGGACCCGCCGCCUCCUCGCUGGGGGCCAGAGGAGCGCCGGGAGUCCGUUCGCAAGCGUCUGAGGCGGGGGCGGAUCGGUGUCAGGGUCUCGCCCGUCCUGGCCUUCGCGGUUCCCAAUCUCGCGCUCCUCUCGCUUCUCUUCUGGGAACCGCUCUGGCGUCUUCCGGAGACCUAAAGUUGACGCCCGGUUAUCGGAAUUGAUGAAGCAGCUCUCGGAGAAGGUUUGCCUCUUGGCAAGUCGGAGCCGGCUUUCUAUCCGUAUUGGGCCGUGCACUCUUUUCCAUUGAACUUUUUCAUCAAAUGUGAACUGUUAUAAUAUUUUUUUUAAUUUGGUUUAUUUAUAAUUUUUUUUAAUAAUAUAUAAUAUAUUUUUUUGUUGAUGAGAUAUUGAAAAAUAUCGUAAAAUCAUUGAAAAACACUGUAAGCGAUAUAUGUGCCUGUGCCUCUUUAGGUGUCA